CUCUCACACACACACUCUCUCUCUCUCUAUCUCUCUCGCUGGAUCAGCUGCGCGCUCGCAGUAGUCUGUGCGUCCCUUCCCCCCGCGGCCUGGCUGCUGAUGAGAUGAGUGGAAGAUGUCGGUGUCGGGGCUGAAGGCCGAAUUAAAGUUCCUGGAGUCAAUUUUUGACCCAAACCAUGAGCGAUUCAGAAUAAUCGACUGGAAGCCCGAUGAACUGAGCUGCCAGUUCAAUGUGACGGGAGAAAAGCUGCUGAUUAUUCACUGCAACAUCACGGAGUCUUACCCUACAACCCCACCAAUAUGGUUCGUUGAUUCAGAUGACCCAAGUCUGACUGAAGUCCUUGAACGACUAGAGGAUGUCAGAAAAGGCAAUACUUUGCUCUUACAGCAGCUGAAAAGGCUGAUCUGUGAUUUAUGCCGACUCUAUAACCUGCCCCAGCAUCCUGAUGUGGAGAUGCUGGAUCAGCCACUUCCUGCUGGACCCAUCAGUCAAGACAAGAAGCAUGGAACAACAGAUGAAGUGACAUCAGAAGAAGAGGAGGAAGAGGAAAUGGCAGAGCAGGAUAUUGAAGAUCUAGACCACUAUGAUAUGAAAGAGGAGGAACCGGUCGAUGGGAAAAAGUCAGAGGAUGAUGGCAUCGAGAAAGAGAAUCUGGCCAUUCUGGAGAAAAUCCGCAAGAACCAGAGGCAGGACCACUUGAACGUAAGUGUCCAUUCGGGUGCGGUGUCCGGUUCAGUUCAGGCCUCUGACCGCCUCAUGAAGGAACUCAGGGAGAUCUAUAGAUCACAGAGUUAUAAGACAGGUAUCUAUUCAGUGGAGUUAGUCAAUGAUAGCCUGUAUGAGUGGCAUGUCAAGUUAAGGACGGUUGACCCAGACAGUCCGUUACACAGUGACUUGCAGGUUUUGAAGGAAAAAGAAGGCAUGGACUACAUUCUGCUCAACUUCUCUUAUAAAGAUAACUUUCCUUUUGAUCCUCCCUUUGUACGGGUUGCGUCUCCUGUCCUGUCUGGAGGCUAUGUUCUUGGAGGAGGAGCCUUGUGUAUGGAGCUACUUACAAAACAGGGCUGGAGCAGUGCCUACUCAAUAGAGUCAGUCAUCAUGCAAAUCAACGCCACCUUAGUCAAAGGGAAAGCCAGAGUGCAGUUCGGAGCAAAUAAGAAUCAAUACAAUCUUGCCAGAGCACAACAGUCUUAUAAAUCAUUGGUUCAGAUUCAUGAAAAGAACGGCUGGUACACACCUCCUAAAGAAGAUGGCUAGGAAAAGCAUUGAUCUGCUUGCACACUGCAAACAUGGGAUAUCUGGUCAAACCUUUGCUUUAUUUUACUAAUGUUUUCACCUCUUCAGCUUGAGUAUGAUGCCCCCUCGUGUAAGUGGAAGCCAUCGGGGAAAUGUUUGCCCUCUCGCUGUCUGGAAUGCUCAGAAAUUUGCAGCGUCCUUUAUCUUCUGCAAGGCUGGACUCUUUGACCAGAUCCCAUAAUGUCUGGAUUUCUGUCUGUUUCUCAUGCUCUCUUUCUCUCUCUCAUCUGUUGUCUUCUAUACUGAUGGGACAUUCAGAGCCUUGGUACUAAUAAGGCAUCUAACAUGGCGUUUCGAAAUGGUGUGAUCAGAGAAAGAUUUUUUUUUUCUCUCUCUCUCUUCUUUUUGUUGCUUCCUCACUUUUACUGGAGCAUGGCUCCGUUCAGGAUUAUUACAUCGAUGGAGAUGCUCAGUGAAGAUGCUGGAUCUGAUCCUCUCUGUCUGCUUUUAAAGGACGUUCUUAUGGCCAUGGACUUUAAAUGGUGGUUUACUGAACUUAAAACAGGAUAUGGAUGCAACUAGAGACAAUGUGAAGACAAUGUGCCACUGCUCUUGUAUCUAUUGAGACUUUUUUUCCCCCUCAUGCAUUCUGAGUUAACAUGUACUGGUACAUUUAAUGCUGAUGUCGUCAAAGAAUCGCUACUUGCCACAAUUAUAUGCGUAAGCUUCCUAAGCAACCCUUAUGUUAAUGAUAACGGCAAGGACGAGAGGAAGGGGCGCUUAUAUGACUCUAGCCCCAAAUCUCGAAGGAUGAAUUCCACUCAGUUUCCUUAUGCUCACUUUUAGCAUGUGGCUGAUCUGACCAAUAAUGGACAAAUGCGAGCUUUGGCUUUGAAAAAGCGAAGCGGAACUUGCCGCCGCUCCAUAAUUGAACAGAGCUCCACUUGUAUACUUGUAAAUGGAUUUGAGGCGUCUUAAAUGUGGUGUUUAUGUGAAGUGGGUGAAUUAUCCGAGUUGUUUUCACUUGAGGACUUGGGGACUCGAAAUGGGGAAAAAGGUUGAUGUUUCUCAAAAUAACGGGGGUAAUAUCUUAAAAAGUAUAUUUAUAUAAGUGAUAAGUUUUUUUUUUUUCGUUUUUGUUCCCACCCUUAAUUGUCAUUUUCAUAAUUUCUGCUCCAUUAAAAAACAGCUGUUACAGAUUGAGACAUUUGACAUUACUAAUGGACCUCUCAUGAUCAGCAGUACUUGAACUUAGAGUUUGCUGUCAGUUUCAUUUUGUGAGCAUUGAUGGAUUAAAAGAGCGCAAAUAA